AUGGAAGAAGAGAUUGCAAAAUUGCGACAGCAACUUCAAGAAGAGCAGCGCCGACGCGAGCAGGCCGAAGCGGCUGCAGAAUCAUCACGGCGGCAAGCUUUACAGGAUUAUUUGCAAGCUUGCCACUCGCUCAGUCUUGCCAUUCAGGUGGUCACUGACCGUUCAAUGACCACACAAGGUGAUACUACCAAAACCAGCGGGCAGGCUCUUCCCGCAGCGAAUUAUCCCAUGGGACAGCUUCGCGACCCAACAGGAAGAAAUCUGGAACAAAGUCUCGAUUACGGAGAGAUUGGACUUCGGACUUACGAACGGGACAUGGUGGAGAAUGCUGUUCAGAAGCUGGUGAAUGCAGUAUACGACGACGAGCUGCUGCGAAAACAACUUCGACUUCGAGGAACGAUGUCGAUCAGUGAAGACAAUUCAGACGAUGCUGAUACGGUAGCGCAAAAAAGGCGCAAGGAAAAAAUCUCAGCACAUGAUCGACACCAUAUGCAGUCACGAAGUCCCAAAGGCCCCCGUAAAGCAAGAGGAAAGGGCUCUCGAGCAGACCAAUUUUGCAUAUUCAGGACUUCUGACGGCAGAAACAUUCCUACAGUCGCAAUAGAGUACAAAGCGCCACACAAGCUGAGCCGGGAUGAGAUUGUGACAGGGUUGGACUCCGAAAUCCAACCGGAGCGGGAUGUGAUAAACAAAGAAGGUGAUAACUUUGCAUUUACAUCGAAAUCGUUAGUUGCUGCAGUCAUUACCCAGCUCUUCUCAUACAUGAUCGGCAAGGGAAUCCAAUAUGGAUAUGUGUGUACUGGAGAAGUCUUUAUCUUCCUCCAUAUACCGGAUGAUCCUACUGUUGUCUACUAUUCUGUGUCGGUGCCAAAUAUCGACUUCCAAGAGGAUGAUGAGAAUCGGUUCCAUCGCUCGGCUGUUGCACAAGUCUUCGCCUUCAUCCUCCGCGCCCUUCUCAAAGAACCACCUCCCCAGUCAUGGCAUGAUAAGACCUUGACCUUGGACAUAUGGAAGGUGGAAUAUCUUAACAUUUUGAGACAUAUUCCCGAGACAGUUCGCAAACAUCACUCUCCUUCCCCUUAUAAACCUCAACGUUGGCAGGGCUUUAAACGCUCGCCGAUUCGAACCCGCUCUCGCUGUCAGCCAUUAGUCACCAGUAUUGUGCAGGAUGACGACGACGAAGAGGACGGCACUCCUCCUUCUCCAACCCUAAGCCGAGCUCUCCGCUCUCAUAAGUCCUCAGCAGCAUCCGCAGGCAACACAGAGGGGAAUUCAAAAAGCAAGCGCGGACAAGGCAAGGAGGGCGGUCAGAAGACACAGCGCCCGCUGCAGAGUAUAGCUGACCGGUCGUUUUGCACUCAACAGUGCCUCUUGGGAUUGGCGUAUGGCGGUGCAAUGGAUGCUGAAUGUCCCAAUUCCGAUGAUCAUGGAAUGGAGCAUAUCAGCCGAACAGACUUUCUCCAUCUUGUUCGUUCACAGCUGGCCCGGGACCGUGGACCAGAGGCGGAUUGCAGGCCGCUUUACUUAUCUGGUUCACGUGGGGCAUUAUCUAAGGUACGAUUAUCCUCGCAUGGUUAUACGCUAGUUGCCAAGGGUGUGGAGAGAUGUGACCGUGGUCUUCUGCAACGCGAAAACAAAUUGUACAAUCGACUUCGCACCAUCCAGGGAAGCCACAUCCCCGUAUGCCUCGGCCUCACAGAUCUGGAUCUACCAUACUACUACGACUCUGGCAUAUAUGUUUCCAUUCUAUUGCUAGGCUGGGCUGGACAGCCGUUGUUGGAGUGCAUCGACCAGGAUAACAAGGAGCGCCUCCAAAACAAAGUGGCUAUGGCCUUCACUGCGUUACACCGUUUGCAUGUCCUACAUCAUGACGCAGAGCUGCGCAACAUUGUAUACGACAAACUGAAAGAUCGUCUUAUGAUAGUUGAUUUUGAGCGAGCCAGAGUUCCGAGGUCGUCAGCCUCUACAAUCGGCCGAUUUAAAUCCGUCAAGCAGAAAGAGAAAACAUAUAGGGACAAAGAUAGAGGGACAUGGGAUAAAUAA